UGCGGUCUCAGAACCUCUGGUUCAAAAACGAAACGCAAAGCCCUUCGUCGGUCGUCCUUCCUCGCAGGAACCCUUUGUCGGCUUUCCAAUUCCGUUCUCUCACUUUUGCUUACUUCGUCAAUCUCGAAGGUUUGCCGGACGGAUUGAGAUUUUCAGACAUGGAAAACUCAGAUGGGAAGAAUGCAGAUUCAACCCAAUGCGUGCGAGUUGCAGUUAAUGUUCGGCCUCUGAUUACAUCGGAGCUUCUACUUGGUUGCACAGAUUGCAUUUCUGUUGUUCCUGGUGAACCUCAGGUGCAAAUUGGAUCUCACGCAUUUACCUAUGAUUAUGUUUAUCAUGGUUCGAAGUCGCCUUCUACAGUAUAUGAUGAUUGUGUGGCUCCGCUGGUUGAUGCACUAUUCCAUGGCUAUAACGCCACAGUUCUUGCAUAUGGCCAGACGGGAUCGGGGAAAACAUACACAAUGGGCACCAAUUAUACUGGGGAAGGAAGUAAUGGCGGGAUUAUACCCAAGGUCAUGGAAAAUAUAUUCAAGAGAGUUGAGGCCGUGCAAGCCUCAACAGAAUUUUUGAUUCGAGUAUCAUUUAUAGAGAUAUUUAAAGAAGAGGUUUUUGAUUUGCUUGAUCCAAAUUCUUCAAGAGGGGAAGCUGCAUCUAUUGCAAAGCCUGCUGUGCCGACCAGAGUUCCCAUACAAAUAAGAGAAACAGUGAAUGGAGGAAUAACACUUGCUGGUGUGACUGAGGCUGAAGUUAAGACAAAGGAAGAAAUGGCUUCCUAUCUGUCCCGCGGUUCAUUAUCCCGCGCCACUGGUAGUACCAAUAUGAACAGCCAAUCAAGUCGUUCACAUGCUAUAUUCACAAUAACAAUGGAGCAGAAGAAUGGCAAUGAUAUCUUAUGUGCGAAACUUCAUCUAGUGGACCUUGCUGGGUCUGAACGUGCCAAAAGAACUGGUGCUGAUGGCAUGCGCUUGAAGGAAGGCAUUCAUAUCAACAAGGGUUUAUUGGCUCUUGGGAAUGUAAUAAGUGCCUUGGGGGACGAAAAGAAGCGGAAAGAAGGUGGUCAUGUGCCAUAUCGUGAUAGCAAAUUAACUCGCCUAUUGCAGGAUUCUCUCGGAGGAAAUAGCAAAACGGUGAUGAUAGCAUGUGUUAGUCCUGCUGAUACUAAUGCCGAGGAGACAUUGAACACUUUAAAGUAUGCAAAUCGUGCUCGUAACAUUCAGAACAAGGCCAUUAUUAAUCGGGAUCCAGUGGCAGCUCAAGUUCAGGCAUUGCGGAAUCAAGUUGAACAAUUGCAAGCUGAACUUCUAUUUUACAGAGGUGACGCUAGUGGACCAUUUGAGGAACUUCAGAUUCUGAAGCAUAAAAUAUCUUUACUUGAAUCAAGCAACGCCGAGCUACAACGAGAAGUUCGAGAACGCAGAUUAGCUAGUGAGAGUUUGAUGAAGAGAGCUUUUGAUGCUCAGGUUGAAAAGGACCAGUUGAUCAUGAAAGUAGAAUCAAUUAGGAAUGGUAAAUCUUGGGAUGAGAUUGAGUCAAAUUCGACCCAGGAUUAUGACUUGGUGAAAUCUUAUGUAUCAAAAAUUCAAGAAUUAGAACGAGAAUUGUUGCGCUUAAAGAGUUUGAACAAUAAAAAAUCAAGCCGUUAUGUUGAUUGGAUUGAUGAAGAUGAUGAUGGAUUCAGAUCAAAGAAUGCAGUAUUUGCCUGUGGUGGUGGGUAUUCACCUGAUUGCGAUGCCAAAGCUGUGGACAUAUUAGAUGAUGACACGGAAGAUGAUGCAAAGGAGCUGGAGCACUCCUCCCUUCAACAAAAGUUGGAUAUGGAGCUCAAAGAAUUGGACAAGAAACUUGAGCAGAAGGAGGCUGAAAUGAAGCGGUUUAAUAGUCCUGAUACUGCAGUUCUUAGACAUCAUUAUGAAAAGAAACUUUUGGAGUUAGAGCACGAGAAGAAAGUGCUGCAGAAAGAAAUUGAGGAUCUCAAGUGUAACCUCUCAAAUAUUCCAUCAUCUCCUGAUGAUGGUGCUCAAAAGUUGAAGGAGGAAUAUCUUCAAAAGUUGAAUGCUCUUGAAGCACAGGUCGCUGAGCUGAAAAAGAAACAAGAUGCUCAAGCUCAACUCUUGAAACAAAAACAAAAAAGUGACGAGGCAUCAAGACGUCUUCAGGAUGAGAUCCAGAGAAUAAAAUCCCAGAAGGUACAUCUGCAGCAAAAGAUUAAGCAAGAAUCUGAGCAAUUUAGGCUAUGGAAAGCUUCACGUGAAAAGGAGGUUCUCCAGCUUAAGAAAGAAGGGAGGAGGACUGAAUAUGAGAUGCACAAGCUGUUAGCAUUGAAUCAGAGACAAAAGAUGGUAUUGCAAAGGAAGACAGAAGAAGCUUCCAUGGCUACAAAAAGGCUAAAAGAACUGUUGGAGUCUCGAAAGGCUUCAUCACGUGAAAAUACUGGUACUGGAGGUGCAAAUGGCCCUGGAGUUCAGGCUUUAAUGCAGUUAAUCGAGCAUGAGCUUGAAGUCACUGUUCGAGUGCAUGAAGUCCGUGCAGAAUAUGAGCGUCAAAUGGAGGAGAGGGCUAGUAUGGCCAAGGAGAUCAGUAGGUUAAAGGAAGAAAAUGAUAUCCUGAAACAAAACGAUACGAGUGAUUGCAUAUCAAUGUCUCCGGGUGCAAGAAAAUCAAGGAUUUUUGCUCUUGAAAACAUGCUUGCUGCUACUUCUACAACUCUGGUGUCUAUGGCAUCUCAGUUAUCGGAGGCAGAAGAGCGUGAACGUGUUUUUGGUGGUAAAGGACGUUGGAACCAAGUCCGGUCGCUCGUUGAUGCCAAGAAUUUGAUGAAUUAUUUGUUCAAUGUAGCAUCUUCCUCCAGGUGUUUAUUGCGAGAUAAAGAAGUUUCCUGUAGAGAGAAGGACAUGGAAAUACGAGAUCUGAAAGAGAAGGUCGUUAGUCUAAGCUGUUCACUCCGUCAGAUGGAAAUGCAGAAAGCUGAACUUCUUCAUCAGGUGAAGUUACAGGGUGUAGCUUUGAAGCAAUACUCAGAAUCUGGAGGGAAUACAGGAUUUUCUAACAAUGUUGGCGGACAUAAGUAUGACCUACGCAAACCGGAAAAUCGUCGGUCUACUAUUUUACUUGAAGACAUGGAUUUAUGCGACAUGGAUUCAGACGAAUAUGAUGUGGGUGUGGAUGAAACAGAUGAUGAGUGGGUUGCGUCAGGAAAAUUAAGGGUCAAGAAGAGGAAUUCCAAAAGUGGACGGUCAAGCUGGGAGAAUAGCCAGCCAAGUUAUGAAACUCCAAAUGUCCACGACAAUUUUGUCUCGGGAGAAGCAUAUAUUUGCUGCACCUGUUCGAAACUUUCAUCUUGUAAGACAUCAAAAUGCCAGUGCAGAUCAAAGGGCAACAGUUGUGGAAGAUCUUGCGGUUGUAUAGAAACAAAAUGUGCGAACAGAGGAUUAAUCUUGAAUAAGGAGCCAGCUCAACCAGAAAUUGUUGAAGGUACUGGUAAUGGUUUUAAUAGUGAUGAACCAGACAGUGACCUUGCCAGUCAGGGUGCAGAGUUACUUCAAAGUGCACUAGCCAAAAAGUCUACAGAGACAAAUAGUGAUCAUGGGCCCAGAAAGCCUCUCGCUGACAUAGGAAAUACGGAGAAAUCCCAUGGGCCGAGGCCUAAUCAGAGGAAGAAAUGGCGCAAGUCUACAAUACUUCUUGUUUCAGAUCCACCACCUCAUCCACAGCCUGAGAAUCCUGAAGCCACCGGAAAACAAAACAAUAGCAAUAGCGAGGCAAAUGAUUCUGUGAACUCACGUCCAAAUAUCCCAUUAUCUAGACCAGAAAAUGCUGCCGUUGCUCCUAGAGCCGAGGGCGGUUUUACAGAGGCGGACAUAACUUUGAAAAUUCCACGGGCCAUGCGAAAGGCUGCGCCGUCAAAUGGCGGCGCCAUAUUGUGGGACAGGAAUGCUGGUAAGCCAGAGGAGUCUGUCGCAACAAAGAAAGAGUCCGAUGCUAUUGACACGAGAAGUCCGAUCCGGCCCAGACGAACAUCGGAGAAAGAGAACCAUGGACGUUAAUUUUUAAUUACAUUUCUUGCGCGCUGUUAACCAUGUUUAUACCAAAAGCAUACAAUUUAUGACCAAUCUGUUUGAAGUGUGUCCGUGGCCUUAGGUGACCAGGAUGCAUGUUAUUCUUCACGAGUAGAUGAAUUGCUCAGUUUUCUUCGAUUUGUAGGCAACUUUCUUUUUCAAAAGCUGUAUUUCGCGGUAGAACUCCACCUAUAGAUAUCAAUUUUAAAUAAUUAAUUUAAUUUAAUAUUGGACUUUUAA